AUGUUCACCAAAAAUCGCCUAUCUGCUGUCUCAGGUCAAGUCUCAUUCAUCGGAGUCAAUUGGGCAUCUCAAACUUGCCCACCGCCGCAAAAUGGAACAUUGCAAUCAUUCCCAAGCUUCUCCGUAAUUCCUCUCUCACCACCCACCCGUCUUGACCACGUGGAAGCAAUCUUGAAUAGUACCAGCUGCCGCAUUUGUACGCAGCUUUCAGCUGGCCACAAAUGCUGCGUGGUUCCUGGCCCAGAGAUCAAGAAUGACCGCUCCACGAAGGUCGUUGAGAACCCAUAA